GACUUCUGCGGUGUCAAUCAGGCUUUGCUUUUGACAGACCAAGAUGGCACUUCCAGUUACUAUCAUAGGAGGCAAAGGAGGUGGUCCUUUUGUUUUCACUGGGUACAAGAAUGGUGCUUUACUAGAGAAAAUUGGUGUUUGGGUUGGAAGUACAUGUGUUAAGGCUAUGAAAUUGUGGCUGACUGAUGGACGAAGUCAACAAUUUGGAGUUUCAGGGUCAUACCCCUAUACUGAGUUUAAAUUUGAGAAUGGAGAGCUUUUUUCUUCUCUCUCACUUUGGGACAAUGGAGAUGGGACACGUCUUGGAGCCAUCAAGUUCAGAACUACUAAAAGCAGAGAGUUCUUUGCCAAAAUGACGGCCCGUGGCUUGAAGACAGAGUUUCCAAUUGAUGUUGGCUCUGGAGUUUGCUUGGGAGUUAAGGGAAGAUCAGGUUUAGAUAUUGAUUCUGCAGGAUUCAUGUUCAUCAACUCCAUCAGAUCCGUUGAGAUGAAAAAUGUUGUGUACACAACUCUGUAUGAGAUGAAACCCAAUGUGAAUGUGGAGGAAAUCAAAGAAAUGAGUUACAAGAACAACUCAACAACUGAGCAACAAUUUACAAUGGAAACCUCCAAGAAAAUCACUAAAAUGUCAUCUUGGUCUGUAACCACCAGCAUGGAGUCCUCCUUCAGUAUGACUGUCCAAGCUGGUAUUCCUAUAGUGGCAGAGGUGAACGAAGAAUUUUCUUUCAAGCUUGGUGUGUCCUCCACAUAUGCAGUGGAGACCACUGAAGAGAGAACGGAGACCAUGUCCUAUGUUAUCAAUGUUCCUCCAGAGAAGACCAUGGAUAUCCAAGUCACCAUUGGCAGAGCAAAUAUUGAUCUUCCAUACGAGGCUGCUGUGGUUGUUACUUGUACCAAUGGCAGCGUUUACCAGUAUGACAAAACUGGUGUCUAUAAAGGGCUCACCUACACUGAUGCAAAAGCUGCUGUUAAUGAAUCUGUCAAGCUACUCAAGUAGAAUACAUUUCCUUUGUAGUUUGUUAGAUGAAUUCCAACGAUUUUCUUCAAUACAAGUUCAUCUUUAACCUUCCUUCAAAAUACUUUUAAAUAAUAUUUACAUGAAAUACUUUAAAUUGUUCAGUUAAAAGGCAUUAUUGCUCUUAAUAUGCAAUCUUUUCAAGCUAAAUGGAAGUUCAGUUAGGGGUUUUAGAGCACAAAGUGGGAUUCUAGAGUAUUUUGUUUAGUUUGUUUUGAAGACCAGAGAAAUAAAUUUGAGCUUAAGUGAUAAUGAGUUUAAUACACCCUGGUGACAGAGAUGGAAACCAGUAAACCAGUUCUUCCAUUUAUGUGCUCAUUUUGGGUAAGAAGGGGAGGGAAUCAAUACUGGUUUUUCAGAGCAGCCCCCACCUAUUGCUGAUUUAGAAACUAAAAUUAAUUUUAUUUGCAAAGAUCUCUCUCUAUCUCUCUCUCUCUUUUCUCUCAUCAACAAGCCUUAUCUUUGUUUUGCUUAAGUUCACAUAAUCUGCAAGUAUAGAUGCCAUCUGGGAGUGCCCGUCAGUGUUUUGUUGUUAACUGCAUGAAGACCUAAAGCACCCAGGUUGUUUAAUUGUAAACAUCACUUCAAAUUUGCUGCUACUAGCUUUGAUGCAAAUAAAUAUGAAACUUAAAGCCAA